GAUCCUUGAGAUCUUAUAAUUAAAUAAUUUUAAUGAAGACUCUCAUUCUGUUAGCAAUAGCUGUGGGAACCACUAUUGCAAUUACUACUACAACUCUUGCUGAAAGUGGAUCCUAUAGGUUCACAAUCAGUUUUUCAUAGAAUUCGAGCAACAGCAGUAACUCUGAUGUGGUCUUGGGACUGACUGUUGGCUCUAUAACUACUCCAUUAACUGGUAGUUACUAUGCUCCUGAAGCUUGCUUAAAUGUAGCCACUUCAAAUUAUCAGCUUACCACUGCAAGCACCACUUUGAAGGGCUUUGGAAUUGAAUGGCAAUGUCAUUCAACUUGCUCACAUUUGGCUGCAGUGUACAACUCAGUCACUUUCUAUGCCGGUGCUAAUUGGGGACAAACAACAGCUCACGUUAUAUCCUCCCAAUCUUCACUAACCUCUGUAUCAUCUCCUCUUGGAACCAACUCCAACAACUCCACUGCCAAGACUGUAUCCUACACCUUCUAUGGAUUGACUCCAACCUAACUUGCAAGUACUGUAUACAUGCCAAACCAGACAGAAGUCUGGUUUGGCAGAUGCUUUGGAAGAUUCAAUUACUCAGCCAGCCUCUGAUAUUCUAAAGGAAUUGCUGACUUAGCUACCACAAUUGGCAAUGGAAGGAACUUGAGUCUCAGUGGUUCCACAAUAUCUUCCUCAGAGAGUCAAAAGGGCCGGUUCUGGGCAAUCUUCUCUAUGGCCAAGACGAUUCUAGCCUACCUGGCUUAACCUGAAGGAGUCUGAAUAUUGGAGUUUAAACAAGUUAAAUUCGCUAAGAUUUUAAUCAAUA